AAUUGGCACCAAAUUGGGUACAAGAAGGGUUGUGAGGCAGUUGUAGGGGUUUGCUGCUCUUUUGCCUUGUUGUACUGCUCCUCCUCCUUGUCAUUUGGGGAUUCUGCAAAACAUGAUAAUGUAAUAAAUCUCCCAACAAGAACAUAUCUAAUCCUCAACUUGGUUUGUCCUUCCUUACAUUCAAGUAAAAGCCAACAUGACAUCAGUUAACUGUGAUAUCCCUCUGGCCAAACAUUCAGGAAUGCAUGCUUCCAUCUGCCGGUACUACAAGAUCCCUCCUUUAACUUGCUGCACGGGCUACUUCAAUUCAUCUUUUGCAUCAAAUUCAUCAUUGAGGCCUCCUAUGAAGAGCAAAAACAGAAGGCCAAUCUGUACCAAUGUGGAACCAAUCAGCACCCACGUCUGAACUGGCAGCACAAGGUCGAGGUGGGAGCAGUGAUGAAUGCGUGAGGGAUAUAAAGGAGAUUUACGCAGAUUUCGGUCACAGACUGGAGCAACGGUGGGAAACACCAAUCACUUGAAUAAACCCCAUCAAUGCCAUUGGAUCCAGUCGCUCUGGCUUAUUGGCUCUGAACACCCAAAAUGCAGAAAGCAACGUACUACGAUAACUCUGGACUCUUUGGAGGUUACACUUACCCCAAACCUGACUCUUACAACUACGGCCCUGCUCACCAAUCCUACAGCACAUCUAGCAUCGAGACUGACUAUCAGAGCCCAGUAUGUCCCAUUCAGUCCCCCUCUGUCCGGCCCCCGACCCUAAAAGACAGUGACCUGAACGGGGACUGCAUGCGCCAAAGUGGCAGUCAAAGCAGCAGCAGCAGCAGCCAGGCUACCAGUAUAGGGGAGCAGCAGGCACCUCCAUUGUCCGCAUCCUCUCCCAGCUCCAAUGGAUCUGCAUCCAACAAGAAGAAAUCUCCAUCCAACAGUGGAUCCAGCUCUGCGACACCAGUUCUCACCAAGCAGAUCUUCCCCUGGAUGAAAGAGACCCGUCAGAACGCAAAGCAGAAGGGCAACAACUGCGCGGCUGCAGGUAGAGAUGAUGGAGACCCCUGUGGGGAGGUGAGUGAUGAGAAGAGCCCACCGGGUCCAGCCUCUAAACGGGUCAGAACUGCGUACACCAGCGCACAACUGGUGGAGCUGGAGAAGGAGUUUCACUUUAACCGCUAUCUGUGUCGCCCUCGGAGAGUGGAAAUGGCCAAUCUGUUGAACCUCACCGAGCGCCAAAUAAAGAUCUGGUUUCAAAACCGGAGGAUGAAAUACAAAAAGGACCAGAAAGCUAAGGGGCUCGCGCACUCUCCCCUGGGGCACUCCCCUGAUAGGAGCCCGCCGCUGAGUGGCCCAAAUCACAUUGGAUACUCUGGCCAGCUCCAAAACAGCCUCAGCUAUGACGCGCCCUCGCCCCCAUCCUUCGCCAAACCCCAGCAGAACAUGUACGGUUUGGCUGCGUACACGGCACCCUUGGGUGGCUGCAUCCCCCAGCAGAAGAGAUACCCGGGUUCCGAGUAUGAACACCACGGCAUGCAGAGCAACGGCGGCUUUGCCAACGCGAAUUUGCAAGGCAGCCCCGUUUACGUGGGGGGGAAUUUUGUUGAUUCCAUGCCAGCCUCGGGCCCCAUGUUCAACCUGGGCCACCUUCCCCACCCGUCAUCCACCAGCGUGGACUACAGCUGUGCCGCUCAGAUCCCCGGGAACCACCACCAUGGACCCUGUGAUCCCCACCCCACGUACACAGACCUCACAUCUCUCCAAGCGUCUCAGGGAAGGAUUCAGGAAGCGCCUAAACUCACGCAUUUGUAAUAUGUGGUUCCUGUGUGUGUGUGUGUGUGUGUGUGUGUGUGUGUGUGUGUGUGUGUGUGUGUGUGUGUGUGUGUGUGUGUGUGCGCGC